AUGUUUGCGUGGGUCCUACGCUCCCGCACCGCAGCAUGUCGCAGCUCAGGGGCCUUCGGCCCACGGAUGCGGGUGCAGGAGCUGCCGGGCCAUCGGCUGCAGAUGCACUGUGCCGUCCCCUGCCUUCCCACAGAGCCCCGUUACGGCUCCGUUUCCACUUCUCCUGUGGGACAGCCAAAAAAACCCGCACGGGAACAGUGGCCAAAAAUGAGGCAACCAGGUCUUCCAAAAUCAGCGCUAUCGGGCACAGAGCGCUGGGCCUGUGGCCGUCUCCAGCGCAGGCUGCAGACGCGGGAGGGCGGCAUGGCGGCGGCCGAUCCACCCCCCCCCGCCUUCCGCACCUACGAGGAGUACCUAGGGUCGCAGGUGACGGCGCGGGACCUGCGCUAUCUGGAGAGCGAAGAGGUGGGGCGGCAGCUGGUGGAGCUGGGCUUCCGCGGCUCCGGGAACGUGCUGCGGCGGGAGGAGUUCGAGGCCCGGGCGGCAGCGGCCGCGGGGCUGACGGCGGCGGCCCCCCAGAAGUCACUAGCAAGUGUAGGAAAAGAACUGAAAGGUAACUUCUUGCGGGCUCUGGCAGAAAGAGAGGAAGCCAAUCGUACUGGAAAAAUUUCUUCCAUCAUCUUCGUUCGUGACCGAAAUUCUCGUCGCCAGGAGGUGUCUGCAUACAUCGACUACGCCCACAGACUGACAACAGAUGAUUUUGAAGCCUACUUCAGUGGGAAGAAAAGACUUUUCCCUCGGAGCACUGAUCUGAGCUUUUACAACUGGGAUAGAAAUGUCAGCACUUCAAAUUCCAGCCCAAAUUACCAAGUGAUUGCAGAAAAUGCCUGUGGACUACUCUUCAAGAACAAAAGUGAUAGGAAAAUAAUAAAUGUGGAUCCUAAGGCCUACCCAGGAGACAACACAACACGGACGCCUGUUGAAACAGAUCUCUACCUCCACGUUGUUAUCUAUGACCAUAUCUAUGACCAUCCAUCUGUGUGACUCUUCUCCCGGUGAUUUGUUUAGCUAUUUUAAAGUCAUGGGGAAGAAAAAUAAACAGUUGAGAGAUCUUUACCUUGUGUUCAGGGUUAGGAAAGGGAAUUUUUAUACCGGUUUAGA